GGAGGAGUCAGCUUGGGCCUCCCUGGGAGGAGGAAGCAGGAGCGCGGCAGCUGUAGGCCGCAGCCUCGGAGAAGGAAAGGGCUAGGGAUAGCUUGGUGGUCCGGGACACUCAGCCUACCCAGCGUCAUGGCAAACGCGAGACCCUUUUGCCCCGCCUGCAUUCAGCUUCCCAGUUCCUGAAACUGCAGAGGCCUUGGGCGCUUCGUGCUGCCGAGAAGGGGCGGGGAGCAGCUCUCAGCAGUGGCCUCCCUCCCGCAAGGGGAUGCCGCUGUUUAUUCAGCUGGGAGGCGGCCACCAGGGCCUGCCUUCGGGCUUCUCAGCGCUGCGCCCUGCCCGGGGCUUGCUCUGCUUCUCAGGCGCACUUCGCUCAGCGCCCUAUAAGUCAGCGGGGCAGGAAAGAAGCUGCUGAGCAGGUUUCCGCGCCCUCCGCGGGCAAGGGCCGCUGCUGGCAACUUGCUUCCCAGUUUCCAGAGUUUUCAGGCUGGCUUCCGGGGAGCACCGUUCUCGCUGGCUGCUCCUGCUAAAAAGAAAAGCUCGACGGCAGCCACAGAGUUCCGAGGAGCGCUCCGCAAGCGGCGACCCCUUCGUCAUCCGGCUACAUCCACAGACGUCCGUCAAGGCGCCCACCGAGCCUUGCAAUGCUUGGCGGCGACAUCCCCCUUUCUGAUCCGUGGUGGUCGCUAGUCCUGGGGUUUCCUCUUCCCGCCCUUGGCCUGACGCAGCAGGCUGUUCUUAUGUGCUUACCUGUAGGCUCUCCCCACCAUUUGGAAACCUACGUGAUGCACAAGCAUCUUAUCUGCUGAAAAGCAUUGAUCUUGUGUGACAUGUUUAAACAUGUGCAGAGGCAUAUCGAGGGUCCUUUGCGCCCUUGAUAAGGGACUGUAUCAGCACACACAUCCCGGGGAAAAAAUCACUUUGUUACAAUAACCACAACCACAUUAAAAAUUGUCAUUUUACGCAACCAAACUACUUGAGGCGACGAGGAAGGGGGGGAAAUGCAUGUUUUUGUGCCAUGGUGCAAGAAGGACGGGAAGCUUCUCCCAUGUUUAAUCAUCCUUCAGUAGCGGCAGUGCAUCAACAUGUGCAUGUACAUCAUAUACUCCAUAGUGAUUUUUGGGACUCCCAGGGCCUGCACCCCCUGCAAGGGGUCCUGCAAGUAGGAGUGGAACCACGUCAACCAACUCACAUCCUACUGAGUCACAUCCCAGGAGGAUACCAUGACUGAUGGUAUCAAAAGCCACUGAGAAUUCAAAGAGAACCAAAGGAGUAACAUUCCCCUGUCCCUCUCACAAUAACAAUCCAUCGGUCAGGACAAGGAAGGCUGCUUCAGUCCCAAACACCAGCCUGAACCCAGAUUAGCAAAGGUGCAGAAGUUGCUGGACUACAGUUACCAUAAUUCCUGACUAUUGGCCAUGCUGCUGAGGCUGCCAGGAGAUGUAGUUCAACAACAUCUAGGAACCCAAGCUUGGGAAAGGCUGGUCUAGGCAAUUGCUUCCCCCAAGAACGUCUGGAACAGUGUCACCACGUCCCUCUUGAGCCCCCUGCCAAAAAGGGGAUAUUAGCAACUGGCUGGUACAGUGGUUAACCUCGGGUUAAGAACUUAAUUCGUUCCAGAGGUCCGUUCUUAACCUGAAACUGUUCUUAACCUGAGGUACCACUUUAGCUAAUGGGGCCUCCCGCUGCCGCCGUGCCAUUUCUGUUCUCAUCCUGAAGCAAAGUUCUUAACCUGAAGUACUAUUCCUGGGUUAGCGGAGUCUGUAACCUGAAGUGUCUGCAACCUGAGGUACCACUGUAGUUGCUACAUAAAUUGAGAAUGUGCCCUUAUGGAGUGGUCGCACUACCACUGCUUUCAGGAUGCAAUAAGGCAUUCACCAGAUAUUGAAUCUGCUUGGUCAGGACUAGACAGUGUGCUUGUUAAGAACUGUAUUAAACAGCAUCCAAUUCAGCACAGAGAUGAGGGAUUUGUCCCUGCAGGUAUCUUGAGUGUUCCAAUAACCUGUUGAUCAAGGCUGAUGAUUAAAAAAAAAAGCCCUCACCACUGGAAUAAUUCUGCUGGAUGGCUACCAGUGGGGGAGGGGGGAAAUAACAGCAAAUACUUUUUACAAGAGAGGCUCCCUAAAUGCCAUAGUAAUCAUUGUCUAAAUAAGUGAGACAAACCCUUUGAAAAAUGUGAGCCAUAUUUGUGGCUGAUAAUCUUCAUAAAUUAAAUUCUUCUCUUGCUUUAAGUGAAGAUGGUUAUUGAGUUAAUGUUAUUGUUCUCCCAAACUAACCACAAAUGCCAGUUUUUGUCAGUAGCCUCUAUAUGCAUUUUUACUGGUUAGGAUAUGUCUUAUAUCAUGCAUUUACAGGUGCACUUGCCCUUUUCAUCCUGAUACUAAUAGUGGAAAGCAAACCUGAUUAAAGAAGCCCAGUCUCUUCCCCUAGUCUGUCCUAUUGUGAUAAUCCAGCAUUACUCACCCAGCGCUUGAAUUGCUGCAUACCCUUUUCUGUUCCUUUUAUAGCUAACGUUGAAACUGAGCUUAUAAGGGCUGAAUAACGAAUUGUGCUUGCUUUUCAUAUAGGGUGUUGCUUUGCUUAGAGAUCACUCUUGUUUCAAAAGUACUACUCUACUCUGUUCUAAUUUUCCAGAGUCGGUAAUCUUCUUCCAGGUUCUUAUUGAUGUAGUCACUAAUAGGAUUGUUGGUAUUAAUUUGGAAAUAAUGCCAGCUACAUGCUUGGUGGCUAUUGGCAGAAGAGGUGACAUUGCAGGUCAGCUAAGCAGCACUAGAAACGCUUUGAUCUAAUCUAUACCAAGCCAGAGCUGGCUAUUCUAACAAGAGAGGCUGGUGAGGUCUCUUUCUCUAUGGGAUGCUGAUUCUCUUCCAGAGAGCACUGAGGACAGCAUGGCAGUGGCUUUGGAUGCAAUGCUGGCUCGGGUCAAGGAUGUUUGUAAAAGAAAUGGUUUGCUCAUUCUCUCCGUGUUAUCCGUCAUAGUGGGAUGUCUCCUUGGGUUCUUCCUCAGGACCAGACGCCUCUCUCAGCAGGUCAGUGACAUAAGCAGGUGUUGCAGCGGUGUAUUUUUAAAAAGGUCUUUGUUACAUAACGAAAUAGGAAAUAAAACAGUGUGUCACAGUGCAGAACAUGAUAAUCUGUGAAGCAAGUUGUCUGGUAAUAGUGUUACUCUGUAGGAAAGAACGUGAAUUGCUGAUUUUAGAGUUUUUAAUAUGUUGGCUAUAUAGACUAUAAAGCCGCAGGUAUCACAAGGAUCUCACAACUAACACCAACAUGAGCAUAACAUGUUAGAUUCUGGAAGAGAAGAAACUGCAGGAGAAAUGAUUCCUAACAUCUUUAAGGUGCAUUUCUGGUACGCUUGGGUGUCUUAAUUUUUAAUGAAAACUAAGUUCUUUUGUCUUGGUGGCAACAGGUUUACAGUAUGUAAAAUGGUUAUGCCCCCAGCUAGCUGUUUACCCCAGAGCAGUCCCUACAAUUUCAAUAAGGUUUUAGGGAAAACGCUUCAAGGUCAGUGGUUUGGUUUGUAGCCAAAAUACUAUUCUGGAAUCAGGGCACAAAAUUCAAUUAUUUCAAAAAUACAUUCCAGCUGUUUGAGCAAUCUGAUGAAUUCAUCAGUUUAACAGUACGGAUUUCCCCAUUCAGAAUAAACUGGAAACAUUGAACAAGCCAGAAAGAAAUAGGCUGUUGAAUGUUUUUUGCCAUAUAAUAGGAAUGCUGUGUUGCUGUUUUGAAUGUAUUAUAUAUCUAGACAUAAAUUAUUUGUUACUGGUAACUGAAAACUGAAUUUCAUUCCAAGGGGUGUCGUUCAUACAGAGUAAACAUUAAGCCAAAAGAAAAUCAUGUGUAGUGUUUGAUGCCAGAAGUAUACCCUUAUUUAUUGCUUGUUUUGCGCUUCAUUUUCAGGAUUAAGUUUGAUUAAUAUAAACUAUCCUUCAGGUCAUUGUGAUAUUAGUAGAGAUAUGGACAGAUGUCUUUGAUUGGCAGGAGCUUUAGUGUUAUUUCUCCUAACAGCGCUUAAGAUCAAAUUCGUUUCUGUAUUCAGAUUGUCUGUCACACUGAACACAUGGCGUUCAUCUGAUCGCUUUUGAAAACCUUUUCAAGUUAGUGCAGUAAAGACUGGGUUCAUUAUUUUGAAUUAUCUAACUGUGAGAGAAACCUUGUUAUUUCCCCCCAAGCCAUAGUGCUAUCUCCUAUUGAUUUUCAUGUCUCUUCAUCAUUUGAAAUGAUAUGCGAUGAAAUGAGAUGAAAGUAGCAGUAAAGAGUUCAGCACAUUUUAACUGUGGUUCAACAAAGAGAUACACGUGUAUAUCUUCAAAUAACCGAUUUACCUCCUUAUUUUAUAGGAAAUAAGCUAUUUCCAGUUUCCUGGGGAGUUACUGAUGAGAAUGCUGAAAAUGUUGAUUCUACCACUGGUUGUUUCAAGGUAAGCUAGUGGAUAGCGAGCUGUAGCAUGAUUUACCCAACUUUGUUCCUUUGAUUAAAGAAACAAAAUUAACUUUCAGCUAUAAUUCAAGUUGCUUGUCCCUUAAAGGCACAUGCAUAUUUGUGAUCAAUUGAUUCAGCAAGAAGUUAUGGUCUUAGCUGAAAAUGUCACAGGAUUACCACGCAGGGUAUGAUAAUACUGUAGAAACAUGUAGAAAAUAUAGUUGCAAUUCACAACUAAAUCAGAUUACUUGUAACUCAAGGCAAACAUGUGUUUGAGACUUGGGAGGGGGGAGAAGUAAUGAGAAAGAGGAGUGGUUUGGGACAAGGAAAAGUCAGGGUCUCCUUUCUUGCUACCACUUCUUCCCUCUCCUAAGACUGUUUUAUAUUAGGUGGGGUCUCUAAUAUAAAUGCAUUUGCACAUAAAAUGUAGUUAGUGCUUCAUUGCCUGUGCUUGCAGUGUAUUAUAAUUAACACCUUCCUAUAUGCGUUUUGGAUAUAAUGCAUACCUAGCAAGCUUAAAUCAAGUAUGUCAACUAACACAGACUGUUAUAUAGAAAAUGUAAUUUGCUGUUGUUUUAAAUAAUCCCUUGUUUAGGUAAUAACACUGAGAGGAAAACACGUUAUAUAAUGUUUGCCACUAUGUAUUACAAGGCCAACAACAUUGUUCCAGCUCCCAUCUGUUGCUGUAUAACAUAGAUAUAAUAUAACUGUAAUAUAUCACUUAUGGUGUCUUAGUAGUUGACAAAGAUUGGUUGCUUUAUGGUGUGUGGCUUGUAUUUAAGGGUAUACUGUACUGAUAAAUAUUGGAUGUAUUUGACUUCAAAUAAGUCAUAAGAAAUUCUGUACAUAACAAUGCAAAUGCGACAAACUUUGUCUUUCCACACAAAUGAAUUAUUAUUAAGGUGGAUAUUGCAAUUGUACAAUAUACCACACCUAUUCUAUGAUGCUUCCUGCAAAGGUAUGCUUUCUUCUCCAGAAUACUAACAUAAAAAAUGUAGGUCUUGUACAGAAUGUUUUAGUGCUUUUCAUAGAAUCAUAGAACUGUCAAGUUGGAAGGGACUUCAUCUAGUCCAGCCUUUCUCAACCUGUGGGUCCCCAGAUGUUGUUGAACUACAACUCCCAUCACCCCUAGCUAGCAAGGCCAGAGCUCAGGGAUGAUGGGAGUUGUAGUCCAACAACAUCUGGGGACCCACAGGUUGAGAACCGCUGAUUCUAGUCCAACCCCCCUGCAACCCCCCUGCAGUGCAGAAACACCAGCUAGAUCAUAUAUGACAGAUGGCCAUCAAACUCUUCUUUAAAACUUCCAAGGAAAGAGAGUCUGCCACCUCUCAUGGCUCCAAACUUUGGGUCCAAAGUUCUUAAGUUUGGAACAUGCUGCCACUGGCUGACAUUUAAUUCCUACUCCUGCCUGUUAGUACUGCAGUCACCAUCAUAUUGGAGUUUCAAAAUUUCAUUGUUCUAUGCCUGCCUAUGCAUGCACUUACUGAAAACUACCACUGCAUAUCAACAAAUACGGUAGUUGUUUCAUACUUGUGCAGCACACACUCAGCAGAAGAUUUGAACCAGAGAUUUCAGCAACAAUUACAGAUACACAGCAUGCUUCCAUGCAUGGGCGUAGCCAAGGGGCGGACAGGGAGGGGAAGCUGCCACCUAAAUCAAUAAAAAUCAAUAAAAAUAUAUAGCAAACUGAGGUUCUGCCUUCUUGGUGGUGGUGCCUGCCCUGUGGAACACCCUCCCAUCAGAUGUUUAUUAUUAUUAUCUCUAACAAAAAUCCUGGCUAUGCCCAUGCGAAGUAUGAUACUCCAUCUGAUAAUUGGCACUCCAAGGCCUUUCUGCCCCUCACCUUAGCUGGAGGGGAUGUCACCUAAGCUCUGAUAAUGUCUCAUUCAGAAUAUUCAAGAGAGAUCCUCAACUAACAGGAGACCUCAUCUGCUAUCAUUAAUUUUCAGUGAUGAAAUGUAAACUGUCCAUACUAGGACAUAACAACUUUUCACCCUUCAAAGAGCAGUUCUGUAGACCCUUAUCUGUACAGUGGUACCUCGGGUUAAGUACUUAAUUCGUUCCGGAGGUCCGUUCUUAACCUGAAACUGUUCUUAACCUGAAGCACCACUUUAGCUAAUGGGGCCUCCUGCUGCUGCUGCCGCCGCGCCACCAGAGUAAAAUUUAUGUUCUUAUCCUGAAGCACUAUUUCUGGGUUAGCGGAGUCCGUAAUCUGAAGCGUAUGUAACCCGAGGUACCACUGUAUCUAACAAUUCCUUGCAGUUAUAAUGUCACUUGGCCAAGUUUAGAAUUUUGUCUAUCUCCUCUGAGAUGGAGACUUCUAACAGCCAUGUGCUCAAACCUCAUGGGAGCAAGAUGCCCUGUGCCAAAGGUGAGUGCAGGACAAGGAAAGCAUCCAGUCAAACACAGCCUGAUGGCUAGAAUGAGUUUCAUCGUAACGAGCAUCUGAUUAGCACUGGUGUCUUCAGAAUGGUUUUUUUAAACAGGUUUCUUGAACUAAUAGCUGAUCCAUUCAUAAUGUUUAUCAAAUAGGCAUACAUUGAAAACUUGUAUGCAGUUGGCAGCAUUUACAAUUUGGUAAUUUAAUAGCCUAUUUUCAGGGCGACAGCUCAGUGGUUGGACAUCUGCUCUGCAUGCAGAAGGUCCCUGGUUCAGUCACCAGCAUCUGCAGGCAGGGCUGGGAAUGACCCUGUCUGAAACUCUGGAGAGCAGCUGCUAGAUGCAGACCCGCAUCUAGCCAUGGUCUGAUUCAAUGUAAGACAGCUUCCCAUGUCCCUAAAAGGAAACUGAUUAAACAGGGCAAGUGCAUUUUAAUGUAGUAGUUUUGAAGAAAAUGACUGAAGCCCUAGGCAUAUUUAUGUGGGGGUAGGAGCCACUGUAAUAAAUGGGAUUUACUUGCAAAUAAGCCUGCACAGUGUACCGUACCUCUGAAAGAAGUAUGAAUCUUCUACCCAGUCCUGCAAUAAUACUUAUGAUCAUCUUUAUUAUUAUAUAUUUGAAAUAAACAACACUUAGAAUUAUUUUGGACACGCUUAUAAAGGAAGUUAGAAUCCUGCAUAUAAAGUUCUGGGUCAAAUGAACAUUUGUGCAUUGGAGACACUUGGAGCCAAACUGGCAAUAGCAGACAGUGUGAUGUGUUGGUGAUGCUCACCUGACCUCCCAACAGCAGUGUCACUGCUGCUUACCGGGAAGAAGAGGGGGAGGGGCAAGGUGGCAGGGAGUUUAGUGUGGUGCAAAUGCACCAGCAGAGUGCUCCUGAUGGUGCAUUUGUAUUAUGCCAGCCUCCUUGUUCCCUUCCAUCCUCCCUCCUUGUAAGCAACAGCAACUCAGCUAUCAGGAGGUCAGGGGCCACCAUGCAGCCCACUACUACAAACUGUAUGUAAUGGGUCCAUCAUUAAUUUAUCUACCCUAUUCACAUCCAAAGUAAAUGAAGAGAUCUGAAGGUAAAAGGAGUCCCAUCCUGCAAACCUUACUUUCUCUUGGUCCAUGUGUAGCUAACCUUUUAUAGGCUGAGGAUCAGAGUCACCCUUAGCCAACCUUCUUGGGGUUGGUGGGUGUGAUGUGAAGUGAGUUUAGCACCUUACACUUUCACAUGCACAAGACACACAGGCACAGAACCCCCUUCUUCCUACCUUCUGCUGAUGAGGUAGAGCUGAUGUGCAUCUUCAUUAGGGUGAAGGGUGCAUGGAGAGGUUUAUACUAGCAGUGAGAUUACUUUUAAAGCAUUUAAAAUUGGUGGAGUCUUGAGGAGGGGGCAGAAAAUUUGUGGGAGAGGGGUUGUGGGUCAGGCCCCCAGACCAGAAGUUAGCCAUCCCUGCCACAGUCCAUUGUUCCAAGAAGGUCUCUCCAUUCCCAGCACACCUCAACUUUCAACACCUCACCAGGGAUAAGAGGAAGUUGUGAUUUUGAUAAAAUCCUUAAUAUAUAUGUAUAGUACGCAAGCUUGAAAUCUUCAGAGACAUGCUAAUGAGGAGAGCCACAUUUGGCUUUUUGUUUCUUGAUCCAAAUUCUAGAUAGCUAAAUGCAAAGCAAUCUUCUUUUACAAGAUUGGCCAUAAUUCUGUGAUGGUGAUAAUCCUCUGUAUUUCUGCUCAGAUUCCCCAAGUUAAGCAAAAUUUCCACCACCUUAAGCAUCUCUCUGUAAUGUUUUACAGCACUGAUAUGCACUUGUUCUGUCCCAGCAUAUCUCUCGUGGCCUUUUCAUAUUUGCAGAUUUGCAAAUUACAUGCUCAUAAUAGGGGGAGUUGUAUUUCUGUUGUACAUAAGCUUGGAUUGCUUCCUUCAACCAUAUGUGAAGAGUAACAUUUUUUCCUCCAUGUCCAAAGCUGCUAACAUGUGUACUAGUAAAAUACAGGCUUGCCACAUUUUGUAAAAUGUUUUGCGGGUAUGUUUAUAUUUGAACUGGCCUGACAAUAAAGUGUCUUUGGACAAAUAAAGGCAUUUCCUACAAACUCUUUCUGUUUGUCAGAGGUGGGGAACAUCAGCCCUUAGCCAUGCUGGCGUAUGGGAGCUGGAAUCCAGAGAACUUCAUGUUCCCCACUCCUGUUUUAUAUGAAUUGGUUAUGAUCCAGAGAUGAAAUACAUCCUUCUCUCCCCUCCCCGAGACCUUAAAAAAUGACCUUGCAGUAGCAAACCAGGGAAGCUGGUGUUUCUGUUCUGCCAAUGAUAAUCAUGCUACAUUUAAUCAUCACUAAUGUUGUUGACAAAGGGGAACCUCGCUAGUAACCUCUUACUUAGGAAGGGCUUUUCCAUAGCAAGCAAUUAGGAAAUGAGAACAUGACCGGGAGGUGAAUGAAUGAAAACAAACAAGCAUCUUCUAGCGACUGCGCUGGUGGUUAAUACUUGACCAUUACUUCUUGACAAGAUUAAUGCCUUUCUAAUCACAUUAAUCCCCUUUGACAACUGUAUCCAUAAUCCAUCUAUUUCAAAGCAAUAUCCAGAUGGCUUCUGAUGGAGGAGGAAGAGAGCAAGAGAGAGAGGCAUGAGAUGAAUGGGCUUUGCAGUCAGCUCCUUAUGUUUCCCUUUCCCAGGGUUUAUGGCAUUUGAGGCUAACCCCAUUCAGAAAGAGACUGACAGUUAUUUAAGCAGAGAGCCAUGCAGAUUAAAACAACUGCACUUUAUAAAUAAACUCACUUUAAUCUUAAAAGUGCAGGAGCUCAACUUUGUGAAUCAUUUGGCCAGUUUUUUUGUCACAUUCAGAAAUAAUGUGAGAAAAGCAAGAAUGAUGGUUGUGUUCACAUCAGCACCUGAAAAUGGUUUCCAAACCAGGAGCUUCCAGGUAAAGAUAUAUCUGCCAUGUUCCAACAACCUUUUAGCUGAAUGGAACAGACAAGUAGAUGGUCCAUUAUCAUUCUGUCACCAAUUCGAAAGUAUUGCCAGCUGUCAUUGUCAAAGCAGUAGACCAGGAAUAGCCAGGAGAUGCCUUUAUUAAGGCUGAUGUAUAUGCAGAUGCUGGAGGAGACUCUUGAGAGUCCCAUGGACUGCAAGAAGAUCAAACCUAUCCAUUCUUAAGGAAAUCAGCCCUGAGUGCUCACUGGAAGGACAGAUCCUGAAGCUGAGGGUGCAGUACUUUGGCCACCUCAUGAGAAGAGAAGAUUCCCUGGAAAAGACCCUGAUGCUGGGAAAGAUGGAGGGCACAAGGAGAAGGGGACGACAGAGGACGAGAUGGUUGGACAGUGUUCUUGAAGCUACCAGCAUGAGUUUGAAAAAACUGCGGGAGGCAGUGGAAGACAGAAGUGCCUGGCGUGCUCUGGUCCAUGGGGUCACGAAGAGUCGGACACGACUAAACGACUAAACAACAACAACAACAACAAACAUAUGCAGAUUGGGCUCUUUUUCCAUCAUGUGUCAACAGAUACUUGAAGCCAAGUGUGAAUAUGUGACAAUUGAGUUGAGUUUAAUUUAACACACGUUUCCUUUUCUAUAUGUGUUGCUAUGUACUCUCUUGUAAGACCACAUUCACACCAUACAUUUAAAGCGCUAUGGUAUCUUUUAAACAGUCAUGGCUUCCCUCAGAGAUUUGGUUUGUUAAGGGUGCUGAUAGUUGUUAGAGAUACCUAUUCCCAUCACAGCUACAAUUUCCAGAAUGGUUCAGUAAUAUAUUCCUCUUCACCGGGAAUUCUGGGAACUGUACCCCUGUGAGGGGGACUCUCAACACUCUUAGCAAAUGACAGCUCUCAGAAUUCUUUGUGGGAAGUUAUGGCUGUUAAAAGUGAUACCAUAGCAUUUUAGAUGUAUAACAUGAAUGUGGUCUUAGCACUAUGCAUUACAGACAACAACCUAUUACACGUGUCUGAUUGACAUGCGAUUGUGUGUGUGGUGCCAAACCCUAAAGUGACCCGAAAAGGUCACUAAAAGGGUGUGCCAGGGCAGAAUGUUUUACACGGGCACCGCUGACGCACACAGGGUGGUGGUGUCCAGAACAUAACCCCCACACAAAACAAGGAUGCCUGUAUAUGCAGUAGCCUUAAUUGUCAUCUAUGGCAAGUAGAUUUACUACUUUGUUAUUCAUUGUAAGCCAUCUGUCUUUAUUAGGCCAUACUGGAUAUACAUGCAUACAUCCACAGAGAGAAAUACCUCCCCCCCCCACCUUGUGUUGCGUUGUUUUUAAAAUUUGGUUUGCUAUUCCUGGGUUCCGCAUCUUUAUUUACAGAAUUCUGCGUUUAGAUUAGCAGCGUUUAGCCUUAGUUUGACUCUCCACCCUUUCAGGAGGCACCCCUAAUUAACUGCUUCUAAACAGUUAAUUACUUUUGUGGACUUGCCCCUUACAAUUCUAACUCUUCUCACUACAUUAUCUGGUGACAGAGUAAUCUUAUUACAGAUGAUGAUCUUAUUAAUGAACAUGCUCCAAAGACUGGGCAAUCUCAUUAUUAGACCCCUCUAGGAUUUGUCAUGUUGAAGCUAAUAUAUGAAUGGACACUAACUCUAGACCAUACCAUGAUUGGUGAUCAAGCAUCAUCUGUAACCAAGCUGCUGUAAAUAUGUGAGAGAUGUGGCAGGUCAUGCUGCACCUUAUGUUAGAUUAGUAUCUGAACUGGCCGUCAUUUUUUUCUACCUUAAUGUUCUUUGCAAAUUGUGGAGGAUAAGUCUACCCAUGACUCUCUUCCAUGAUAGCUAUGUAGUAACUCCAGUUUCAGAGGCAGUUUGCCUUGGAAUACCAAUUGCUGGGAAUCAGAAGGGGGGAGAAUGUUGUUGUGAUCAUGUCCUGUUUCUGGACUUUCCAUUAAUAUCUAGUUGACCAGAACGAGGAGAGGAUGCUAGACUUGAGGGGCCUUUGGUUGGAUCCAGCAAGGCUCUACUUAAGUUCUUAUGAAUCUGAUAGGUCAAAGUGAAACAUUUUCUACGUUUUCUUUCUUGUUUUAGUAUUUGGGGUGAAUUAUAUCCAAUUUUUCCUGCCAACCUAGCAGUUCGAAAGCACGUCAAAGUGCAAGUAGAUAACUAGGUACUUCUUCAGCGGGAAGGUAAACGGCGGUUCCGUGUGCUGCUCUGGUUCGUCAGAAGCAGCUUAGUCAUGCUGGCUACAUGACCCAGAAGCUGUACGCCGGCUCCCUUGGCCAAUAAAGAGAGAUGAGUGCCGCAACCCCAGAGUCAGUCACAACUGGACCUAAUGGUUAGGGGUCCCUUUACCUUUUAUAUCCAAAUUUAACUCAUCAGAAAGUCUAUCCCUGGAGUCCCCGUGGUGGUGGGAUAUCAUGCGAAAAUUUAUUUUUGUCUUUCUUUUCCUUUUCUGAGACUAGAACUGUAGUACUGCCAUGGGCUAAAAAAGAGAAAGAAGAAAUCACUGUCUCCAUUUCCCUCCGCUUCCUCCUUUUUCUCUCUGCUAUGUCUUUUGGUUGCGCUGUGGUCUAAACCACAGAACCUAGGCCUUGCCGAUCAGAAGGUUGGCAGUUCGAAUCCCCGCAACGGGGUGAGCUGCCGUUGCUUGGUCCCUGCUCCUGCCAACCUAGCAGUUCGAAAGCACGACAAGUGCAAGUAGAUAAAUAGGUACCGCUCCAGCGGGAAGGUAAAUGGCAUUUCCGUGUGCUGCUCUGGUUCGCCAGAAGCGGCUUUGUCAUGCUGGCCACAUAACCUGGAAGCUGUCUGCGGACAAACGCCAGCCUCCUUGACCAUUAAAGCGAGAAGAGCACCACAACCCCAGAGUCAUCUGCUACUGGAAUUAAUGGUCAGGGGUCCCUUUACGCUUUACCUAUUCCAUUAGGGCAGGACCUGUCCUCUUGCAAGGCUGUGUACAUGUCAUACCUUUAAAGCACAUCCCCGCCCCCAAAGAAUCCUGGGAAUUGUAGUUUAUCCCCCAAGAGCUCCAAUUCCCAGCAGCCUUAAAAAACUACAGUUCCCAGGAUUAGCCACUUGUUUAACAGCUCCUUAUUACUUCCGCAUUAUGACCAUGUGAUUGUAGUAAAGUCACUCUGGAUUGCAUGGUGUUCAUAUCCUGGCAAUCUGACCGUAAAACAAAUACGCUUCAUGCAGAAACAGGAAGACAUUGCAAAUAAGUGACAUGAAAUGCUACUGGGAUUACAGUAAAACUGGGGGGGGAGCAUUGGUGGACUUACGUAUACUGCAUAGUUUCACUGAAUAGACAUUCUGCUUAUUUUCACUGAUGUCAUUAUGGCACAAAACAACCUCAUUGUGAUUUACUUUCUUUCAGAGUAGCCUGGCAGGCCGGAUUAUAAUGCAGAUGUUCUCAGAAGUUAAAUAUGUUAAACAGACUUUCUGGAAAGGGUUUAUAGUGACUUCAAAAAAAAAAAAAAUGUUGCAGGAACACUCUGACCACCUAACAAAUUUGUUUCCAAGGCCUUGAUCCUUUUGCUUUUUAUCUCUUCCUUUUAUCUCUUUAAUUGAGCGAUACAAUCUAGUCUUUUAUAUAUUGUAUGCAUUUGGAUUAUUAAUGUAUUCGGAUGACUUUUAUUAUUUCACUUUUUAAACUUAUGCCGAUAAAUGCAAAAAUAAUGAACAAUACUUCUGCUAAUGUUUUUAAUGCAUUUGAGUAAACAGCAAUUUGCAAGAUUCAUUUUUAAAAAAAAUCUGAGAAAUGCCAUCUCUUAAGAAGGUAUCUCUUUAACUUGCAUCUAAUAGCAUUUGCCACAUUUGAACACAGCAGUUAAAAUAUAACUGUGAAUUAAUCACAAGUUCCCCUCCAGUACCUGGGGCUUAAAGGAGAGGAAUUCUAGGGCAGAGAGUAAAAAUACAAUACAAUGAAGCUAAAAAUCUGUUCCCUCUGUUCCCUCUGUCCCCGCCCCCUGUCCCUCCCCCCAAUGCAUCGAACUGAAAACAAAACCUGCAGGAUUAAAGAUUGGCAAGCAGUUAAGCAGUGCAUUUUCUUAAUUAAUUUACUGGAUGAGUGGAACCUGAUGGCUUAAUCCUACCACUAUGUUUUCACCAAAUUUGUUAUAAAGGUUAAGCUGCCUUUCAGCCUGACCUCUAGACAAAUUCAUCAAAUGACAUUUGUCAUGUUUGGGGAAAUGUUGGUGUCUAGAAUAAAUUAAUAAUGUUUGCUAGUUUGUUUGGUUAUUGUUGAAAUAGUGUUGAAAUCUUUAGAAGACAGCCCCACCCCGGAAGCUUUGUUACACAUCUUACCAAAUCAUGCUGCUGUUUCCUGCCACCCAUUCAUAUUUUUGCUUAUAAAAGGAAGGUUGAGUGGUGCUCCUUUCAAUAUCCCAUACCUUGCAAGUUUCUAAUAUCCCCCUCUCUGCCCAUCCCGGAUGUUCACAUCAACAUGGCUUCAUUACUGUCGGAUUUGUUUCUGUUUGUGUAGACACCCAGGAGUAUUGGCGGGCAGGGGUGUCUUUACCCUGUGCAAAGGUGUUCAAACCUUGCCUAGACAGAAAUUAGGACUCCAAAUGGUUUAAGAAAGGGUGCAUCAUUCAGUAGUCUUUUAUGACAAAGCACAGGAUAUAAAUGCAUUUCAGGCAACUUUGUGCGCACAUGGAUUAAAAGCCAAGUGCUAGAAGUUCACAUUCCAGUUUCCUAUCCUACUUCCACGUAAAUCCGUACGGUGUUGCCUCACUGUGUUCCCAGAAAAAUACUAAUUCCGGGCUGAGUUUGUGUACACAAUCACAUUAUCGCGUUGGCCUGAUCUGAGGUCUUAUAGCUUACAGAAGUUAUAGGAAUUACAGAGAUGCAAAAAUUGCAAUAUUUCAAACUUACCUGUGAUUUAGGUCAUGUUGCACAAGGUGGUGCUUCUUUUAGAUAUGUGCCAGUGUAUGUUUGAGUUGGGAAGGGGCUGUAAUCAUCUGUACAUCUGUACUCAUAUCAGCCCACAUUUGAAAAGAAAUAGCAUCCCAAGCCCCACUACUCAAUCUGUAAUAGAAGAAAAAUGCAGAAAACUAGGGAGCAACAUAAAUUAAUAGUUGCGUUUUUUCUAAUAAUAUUUAUGUUAUUAGAAUAUUUUUUUUAAAAAAAGAUGCAGCCUAUUGCCUUUUUUCUUUUUAAGGAUGAGUUUUGCAUUUAUAACUUACAGUGUACAAAUCUGUCAGGACUGUCAGUCUAAGUUAACUAGCAUCUGAGAUAUAUCUUUACCAUGUCCAUUUCUUCUCACAGGCUAGAGCAAUAGAUCUCAUUCAGAAAACAUGUGGAAAGGGUAACACGUAUCUUGCCUUUUCUUUCAACAGCUUAAUGUCUGGGCUAGCAGCCCUCGAUGCGAAGACAUCUAGUCGAUUAGGCAUCAUAACAGUCACAUACUACCUUUGGACCACUUUUGUGGCUGUUAUUGUGGGAAUCAUUAUGGUCUCCAUUAUCCAUCCUGGUGGGGCAGCCCAGAAGGAGAACACGGAGGAAAGUGGGAAGCCAAUCAUGAGCUCUGCAGAUGCCUUGCUGGACUUAAUUCGGUAACUACAUUCAUUCUUACUGCUUUUAUGAAAGGUAAAAUCUUACGCAUCCUGUAACUUUGUGGGGCAUUUUAAGAUACAUUUUGAAAUCUGUGAAUUCUCCGUAGGGUAGUUCAAAAUAAUCACCAGAUUCUGAAAAUACAGGCAAUAUAAUUCUAAAAUGCUCGGGGCGAGGCAUAUUUUUACAUCCUGUGUUUAUGUGAAUUGCCACCAAGAACCUAAAUGACUGGCAUUGACAGCUGUAACUGUGAGACUGCUUUGCAUACAGGAUUUUAGCUUGUGUGAACUGUGCUUAACUCGGAGAAUGGGAUGUCCUGAAUGGGAAGUCCCUUCUUUCUUUGUGGCCACCAUUUGUCUUAACAGCUGAAGGAGGAUAGCAGGCUAUUAUCUUCCUGCAACUUAUGAGGAGAACGUAGAAGUGGUCCAUUGUGCUGGUGGCCCUGCUUCUAUUUGUUUGAAUUCCCUCAACUCCUGUUGUUUUUAUAUGCUUUUAUACUACUUUUAUGUUAUGCUUUUGUUUUAACAAUACAGUGGUACCUCGGGUUAAGUACUUAAUUCGUUCUGGAGGUCCAUUCUUAACCUGAAACUGUUCUUAACCUGAAGCACCACUUUAGCUAAUGGGGCCUCCCGCUGCUGUGCAAUUUCUGUUCUCAUCCUGAAGCAAAGUUCUUAACCUGAGGUACUAUUUCUGGGUUAGUGGAGUCUGUAACCUGAAGUGUAUGUAACCUGAAGCGUCUGUAACCCGAGGUACCACUGUAUUGUUGAUUGCUUUCAUGUUGUACACCACUUAGAGACUUUUGAAAAAUACUAAGCAGUUUGGAAAUGCUUUUAAAUAAAUGAAAACCUGUAACCCGGGCAUCUAAGUUGACCUUGUCUGGUAGGACAAGAGAAAGUGGCCUGUCUCUCGGCUGACAGAGAAGAAAUCGACCUGGCUGAGAGCUAGACUCCUGCUGAGGAGGCUAAGCCUCUCGAAAUAUGAAGUGACAGCAAUAGCUGGCUGCCUGGGACAGCAGGGUCUCUGCUAAGGCCUGAGGAAGCACAAACUAAAGCACCCCUCCCAUCUUGACCCUCUAGAUUGUUGCUAGACAAACAAUCCCCAUCAUUUGUUUUACUAGCGUUCACAUAGUGUUAAUACUUGAUGUUGAAUAGUUAUGUAUUCUUCAUUCAAGCACCUUUGGGUGACAAGAGGAUUAUAAAUGCUUUUAAUAAGUAAACAAAUCAUCCCCAAGUGUCAUGGUCCAUCAUCAGGGACAUUGGGAUCUGUAAUCCAACAACAUCUAGGGACCCCUGGUUGAGGAAGACUGAACUAAAGCCUGGUUCGUACUGACAGAGUGGCACAGGAACCUUUCUUAUGACUGGGUUUCAUACUGUUUACGUAACAUCUGGAAGGAGGGUCUAUUUGAAGAUGGGGUUUGGAUUUGAUAUCCCACUUUAUCACUACCCUAAGGAGUCUCAAAGCAGCUAACAUUCUCCUUUCCCUUCCUCCCCCACAACAAACACUCUGUGAGGUGAGUGGGGCUGAGAGACUUCAGAGAAGUGUGGCUAGCCCAAGGUCACCCAGCAGCUGCAUGUGGAGGAGCAGGGAAGCGAACCUGGUUCACCAGAUUACAAGACUACCACUCUUAACCACUACACCACACCGGCUCCCAGUGUCAAAAAUUAUUAAAAUUUGUAUACUGCCCUUCAUCCAAAGAGCACAAGGCAGUUCACAACAUAACAAUAAAAAAUGAGAACACAAAAUACACAAUAAAACAAAAACAAACCAAAGAUCCUCUCCCACAAGCACAUUUUAAAUGACAUAGAACCCUGUUCCACAAGAGUAUUGUCACCAUUACUCAAUACAGAUUAACAAACUGCCCCUAUGCUUCCUGAUAGCCAACUGUUGAUCCUGAAUCAUCAUUCUGGAAUUUGUUUCCUAAUGUAUUCCAAUAUGUGUGAGAGCUACAAAGUGCUGAGGAACAGAAGUUGAUCAUGUAUCUGGUAUACAGGUUUCAGUAUUGGUCAAACAAUGCUAAGGAGAGUGUUAAAAUAGAUGCGUGGAUCAUCCUAACUUUACUAAAUGGGAAUAAAACAUUUUUAUAUUUAAAAAAAUUAAUAUUUCAUGCUAAAACUGGGCAUUUGUCUGGAAUUUCAGCCAACAAAAACUCUGUUCAGUUUUAUGCACCAGUUUCCUUCCCCUCACCUGUACUUCUAUGUGAUAAAAAUAUUUUUUAUUUCUUAAUUUUUUAUUGAUCUUGGGCUUCACUGCAAGCCAGACAAUACCUAAACAUGUGACUUUCUCUCAAGACCACAUUUCUUCCCUUGAGGCAUCAGAUAGUCAGUACAACAUGAAUUACUUUAUUUUAUUUUAUUUAUUGACUUUACAUUCUGCUGCUGGCGUGAUAUUACGGUGGUGUACCAGGCGGAGUAGUGCAAAUUCUCUUUCUUUCUCAUAUAUUUUGCAAUCAUAUGAAGGCCAUCCUUUUACCUGGAAGUGAUCUGUUUUUGGUCACUUCAAAAAAGCUAGUCUCAAAGAAUGUUUCUUCACCAUAGAAAUAAACAGCAAUCUAUUUAAAAUAUAGUGGAAGUAUUCCAGAUCCCUGUAUUAAGAGGAGCAGUUGUAAUUCCUGCAGGAUAAAGAAUGAUCAAGAAAUAAAAUGCUGUAAUCCUCCACAAAUUUGGCUAACAUUAAAUCUAGCUACUAACCAUCUGAUAUUUCUUCUCCUGUGGAGUCCCAGUUGCAUUUUAAUGCUGCCAAUUAUGGUUUAGGGAGCGAAGCCACAUUCAAUUUAUUUUCUGCUCUCAGAGCUGCCAUGGGCCACUUGUGUCGUUCUUCUUCAGUUCAGGUUGAAGGAAAAUCCUCAAUGGGAAUCUGCUGCUCCAGAUGAAUUAUCCAUCGCAAACUAAUUUAAUCAGUGCAAUAAUCCUUUGUACGUCUGUAGCACCUCGCAUCCGAAAAUUGCAUGACAAGCAUGAAUUAGAUAAUGUGUGCGGAUGGAGUGCAGGUUUCAUGGGGACUAAUUGUCCUGGUGAAGUCAGCAUCAUUUGAGAGGCAAGUUAAAGGGAAAUUCUCCAUUUUGUAAAGGUGUAGCUAGAUGUUCAUGCAUCCCCCCCCCUCAAAUAAUUACAGUGGUACCUCGGGCGAAGAACUUAAUUCGUUCCGGUCGUCUGUUCUUAACCUGAAACUGUUCUUAACCUGAGGUGCCACUUUAGCUAAUGGGGCCUCCUGCUGCCGCUGCGCCACCGCUGCAUAAUUUCUGUUCUCAUCCUGAAGCAAAGUUCUUAACCCGAGGUAAUAUUUCUGGGUUAGCAGAGUCUGUAACCUGAAGCGUCUGUAACCUGAAGCGUAUGUAACCCAAGGUACCACUGUAUUUUAUUACUCAAGAAGUAAUUAAUUGCACAGAUGUUAUUCUCUUGAUGUUGGGGAGAAACUCGACAUCUUUCACAUCACACUUUCUAGCACUCAUACCACAAUAUAUAUAUUUUUCUGCUUUUUCCAUUUCUGGAUUACUCAAGUGUUGGAUGACUCUUAGCAGAAUGUGUGACAUGACUGCACUGUUUCAGACGAUAAGACCGUUGUGCCUAUGCUGUUUGCUCUUGGAUGGUUCAUCAUCCACACAGGUGACACAGCACAUUAACUAGCAGUUGUCAUGCAAUGAACAUGCAUGUAUGAACAAAACUCAGGCUGCAAUCCUAUGCACAUUUACUCCAUGGGGAGAAACUCCCAUUGGAGGAUAAGGCUACCAAUGGCGACUGGCCACGAUAGCUCUGCCUCUGAACGCCAGUUGCUGGGAAUCACAAGCAGGUAGAAUGCUGUUGCGCUCAGGUUCUGCUUUUGGGCUUCCCUCAGGCACCUUGCUGGCCACUGUGAGAACAGGAUGCUGGACUAGAUGGGCCAUUGGCCUGAUCCAGCAGGCUCUUCUUAUGGUCUUAUGAAAAUUCAGUGGGACUAAUUUCUGAACAGACGUGCAUGUAAGUAAAACUGUCUGACAUGUUUGCCUAAGAUGCCAGGACUUGAUUGAGUCUCCAUUGUAUGUUCAGUCGCAUCGUUGUAGAAGAGCUAUAGAGUUAAAUCAUUCUGACUGCUUCCUAAGAUCAAAAGGGGAGGACCUUCUCUGUGUACCUUCUAGGGUGGAAGCAUGUUUGACUGCGAUAAGAGAGAGGAACAUCUCAGUGUCUGCUCCCUGAUUGUGGAGACUUUGCCCUGUGAAAUGUGGCUGGCUUCUUCCUUUGCUUUUUUUGCAAAAGUUGUUGAAAACCAUUUUAUUCCAGCAGGUUUUUGCUGUAUGUGAAAGGUUAUGUUUCUAUGGUUUUAACAGCUGACCUUAUCUCUUUGGUUGAUUGUUUUAUACUGUUGUUUAAUAGGGAUGUCUACAUGAUGAAUGCUGCUCUUAGUGAUAGUUUUGCACCAGAAGGGUGGUAUAUAAGUAUUUUAACAAAUAGAGAUGGACAGACAGUAGUAUCUCGCUAAGUUUGGGCAUGCAGGAUCCUACUGAAAUAGGACUAGAUGGUUUUCAGACUUUUUCCAGCAUUUUGAUUCCAGUGCUUCUGUGUGUCUACAGCAGAGGAAUAAAGCUUUUGAAGAAGCUGUAGUAAGGCUUCAAUUAACAGAAUGUCAUUUAGCUCCUGUUUGGCACAUAUUGCAGGUUGCAGAUAUUACAACGGGAAAUAUUGGAAUGUGAUUGAUUCCCAAAUAAAAUGCUACACAGAUAGAAAUGGCCACCUAAAAGAGAAAGUAACUUAUAAAGAUUAGUGGCCCAAUGAGUUCAGUUCUUACCUAAUACCUUGGCAAACAUCUUUCUUAUCUCUUUUCAGGAACAUGUUCCCUGCCAACCUUGUUGAGGCCACUUUUAAACAGGUGAGUGUCUGGACCACUAUUAGUUUGAACACUAGGGAAAUUUCCCCUUCAAAUAGGCAAAGAGUUAAUGAAUCUUCAGAGGUAUUCCGUUAUCUGUUGAUAAAGUUCCGUUCAUGAAGUGAACUUCAAAGCAAGAAAAUAUCCUUCUACAUGUAAUGGAGAUGCUCUUCCGCUCUUUCAGUACCGAACCAAAAGCACCCCGAUUGUGAAAGCCAACAAAGCUGCGUCUGAAAGCACCACACGCCGAAUCAUUAUCUACGGGGUUCAGGAUGAAAAUGGAUCCAACAUCCAGAAUUUUGCCUUGGACAUCACACCACCACCCGAAGUUAUCUACAAGUCAGAACCAGGCACCAGCGAAGGCAUGAACGUGUUGGGGAUUGUAAUAUUCUCUGCUACCAUGGGUAUGUGGUUGUAAUCUGUGAAGUUGUCCUUUGAUGUAGAAGAAUUAACCUUUCUGUUUGGAACCCCUGAUGCCGUUUCUGUUCUUUCACCACGUCAAUAGUACCCACUUGAAAUAGCUUUGAGCAGUUGAGCAUUGGAGCCAAGCUUCCAGUCACCUGCGAAAGAGCAUGCUGCAGUUUUCAGCUGUCCUACGUUGCUCUGUAGUUUCCUCAUCUGGUAUUUCUACUUCCCUCUGUAAUUCAUAGAGCUUGUGUGACAGGGCUAGGGGCCUGAGGGCCACAUCUCUUCAUGGAAACCCUGAGGAUGUCUCAUGUUUGCUAGGGGACUGCACUGAAAAAUAUAGCAGACCCAAGUCAUGACUUAUCCCCAUUAAAGUGAAAUGGAUUUGCUAGUCAUCACUAAGUUCUUCUCUAUGGAUUUCAAAUUUUGGAACAGUGAAGACCAGUCUCCCAUACAUUGUGAGAUUGCCUACAUACUUACUGAUUUUAAACGCUACAGGGGGGCAUGAUUUGGCUAAAAGUGGGAGGAAUGGCUUGUGGAUUCUAUUAACACCUCCCCCCCCAGUCUGCCCCAUCCCAAUUCAAGCCCAGUUUUCAAUAAUAUUUACUAUUUGCUACUAUUAGUUAAUAACUGCAUUUAUAUUCCACAUUUCCUCCAAAGAGCUAAAGACAGUAUACAUUGUCCUCCCCUCCCUCACAACAUCUCUGUGAGGUAGGUUUGGCUGUGAGAUCAUGAUCAAAUGGUAGAAAGUUAGUGUGAGGUUGUUGUUAUUAUUAUUAUUAUUAUUUAUUACAUUUGUAUACCGCCCUAUACCCUCAGGUCUCAGGGUGGUUACAACAUAAAGUCACAACAUAAAAUCACAAAAUACAUAAUCAAAAUAAAAACAGAAACAACCCAAUAACCACCGCCCCACACACACAUUUUAAAAGGGCAUUGGAUGUCAAUCAGCGAAAGGCCUGGUUUAAGAGGAAUGUUUUUGCCUGGUGCCUAGAGAUUCUGAAAUGUCCUUCACAUUUUCCUGUUGGUGAAUUUUCAUUGCACUCCUAUAUUAGGAGCUUCGGUGUAAUAAUUCACAGAAUGCCCUGCAGGGAGCAGUGGAAUAUUUCAGUAGCCGAGCACUCUCUUCUCCUUGAUUUACCCCCAACGCAUUGGCUCCAAUCAAAAUGAUGUCAUUUUUAUUUUAAGCAUAAAUCUUGCUGGCAUGAAUUAUCACAUGAUUGUCACGCUGAAGAUUGAUUCAUGUGCUGGACUGCAACUUCACAAAGAGGAAAAGUUUGUAGCAUCCUAAAGUAAAAUUCAGUUUCUGGAGCAAGCAUGCUAGCAGAUUAAUCUAAAAUGAAAAUCUGUUUAGCCCUUUCCAAAGAGGAUAUUGUGAAGUUGGAAAAGGUUCAGAAAGGGGAAAUCAAAAUGAUCAAGGGGGUGGAGAAUACUCUGCUGUGAGGAAAGGUUACAACGUUUGGUCCUUUUUUGGUUAGAAAAAUGGUGAGUAAGGCUGCAGUCCACCCCCAUCCCCUACAUUACAUUGGCCUUUGUGGGGCUGCUGGACUGAGCAGAGGCCUCCCUCCACUCCGUUCUGCCAGCCCAGCUGGCCUCCUGUUCAACCACCCUCUUCUGCUCACCGAAUGGGUGGGCAAGAGGCCCUCUGCCAAUAUCCCCACCAGAUGAGUUAAGUGGAAAGCCCCCAAACAGGACAUUCACAGGGAGGGUGUGGGGCUAAACUAGCCCACACCCCACUGGAUCCCAAGCCAGCCUCACAACUGAUUGCGGGGCAGGAUUGAACCCUGCUCAGUUUGGCUAUGCACAACUGUUCCCUGCUUACUGAUUCUUUCAGAAAAGUGAAUGACAGGGAAAUAUAACAUGCAAAGAGUAUUGCAACAAGGGCAGUUGUGAGAAGGGGUGGAAUGGAUUUAGGCUGCAAUCCCAGUGGCGGCCCUGAACCUGCAUCCCUUCUCCAACCCUGAACUCACAUCCACCCAAACCUUCCAUUCAUCGCUUUAUGUCUUGAGUGGAAGAAAAGGAGAUAUGAAACGUAGAUGUUGAGGAGGGAGCAAUCCCCACUGGCCAAACUGAAUGGAAGUGAUAUGAAUCUGAACUACAGACAUGGACAUUUCUGUCAGUCACAUUGAGAAAUAUGCCCAGGCCUGCUAUUCAUUUUCAUGUGGCCUAUAGCCUUGCCUCCUCUGUCUUCUCCCUCCACCUUUAGAUUAUGGACAGGGACCAUUUCCACUUUUCAACAUGGAAUAUCCAUGUUCUCCUGAAGCUGCCAUUUCAUAAUAAGCCCAGACUGGAUUAAAAUGCUGAAGUGCCCUUCAAAUUUAUGUUAAGAGGAAGGAGCAACAUAAUUCAAAAAACAUAUUGCAGAUUUGAAAUUUAUGGUGAGCCAGAGAUUAGCAAGUGUUGUUGUGAAAUGGCUGCAUCUUGACAGCAGAUCAGCUUGUUUGCCAUUAAAUCAAGACUAGUGCUGAGACCUGGAACCUGCUGUACAAGCACAGACGUGAGCUCUGACACUCAGUUCUUGGCUGGGAUAUAUUUGCUGUACAGACAGAUAUGAGAGUUCACUGAGACUUAGAAAAAACCAAAAUCACUCUCACUAAAUCAUUUUCAAGAGUAUUCUUUUUGUUGUUGAAAUGGUUCCCUGAAUGUGGAGCCUGCAUUAUUUUCAGUGACUGAUCUAUGGACUUCUCCUCUCAGACUGUCCCCACUUGGUUCUUGGCAAGGGACCUAACUUCGUUUCCUGCUGCUGGAUCAUGGAUCUAUUAUCUCUUUAUUUUCCCCUCUAUUGCCCCAUGUUUAUCAGGAUAGACUCAGAGCCUACACACAUACUAAUGUGUGCCUGUAGGAUUUCACCCUAAACAUAGGGACCCUGCAUUUUCUCCAGUGAUUAUCUGUGAUUGCAGCCUGCACAUACAUAUUUGUACCCUGAUAUGCUCUGCUUUGACCUACCGAUGAAUGUGUGGAGGUUGGAAGUGUGGCCCAUGAGUGUGACUCUGUUCCUCCCACUCUAAGUAGUCAAAUCCACAGGUGUGGUUGCAUGAAUUGCUGAACAGGUUUGUGUUGCCAGGCGUCCAUUGAGCUCUUGCCCUAAACCUCCAGUUUCUGUUGACUUCAACCAAAGAUUGGGGGGAAAGGGGGUGUGGUGGGUUAAGCAACAGGCAGGUGACAGUACCAAGCUGAUAGACCACGUUCUGUUUAAUGGCGAUGUCCAAAGCAUUCAGGGUAAUAUCCAACUAAGUCUUGCUCAGAGCAAGGUAAAAGUAAAGGGACCCCUGACCAUUAGGUCCAGUUGUGACCGACUCUGGGGUUGCGGCGCUCAUCUCGCUUUAUUGGCCGAGGGAGCCGGCGUACAGCUUCCUGGUCAUGUGGCCAGCAUGACUAAGCCGCUUCUGGCGAACCAGAGCAGCGCACAGAAACGCCGUUUAUCUUCCCACCAGAGUGGUACCUAUUUAUCUACUUGCACUUUGACGUGCUUUCGAACUGCUAGAUUGGCAGGAGCAGGGACCAAGCAACCCCGUCGCGGGGAUUCGAACCGCCGACCUUCUGAUCGGCAAGUCCUAGGCUCUGUGGUUUAACCCACAGUGCCACCCGCUCAGAGUAGACCUACUGAAAUCAAGGAACAUAAAUUACUGAUUUCAGUGGGUCUGCUCUGAGUAUGCUUAGCAUUAGAUGCCUCCCUCAGACAAUGAUCAUUUCCUCUCAGGACUGCAGUGACAUUAAGCUACAAGAGAGCUAUUCUCUUUUUGAUAGCAGCUUCUGUGUACCAUGCUGAAUGGCAUGGGCAGUUAGCCAAGUACACAACGUCAUAAUGCCCUUUGGAGUGCCACAUGUUCAGUCCUGGCUCCUUCAGGUGUUUAGUCAUGAUAUUUGCCUUCUGUCAGAAAGUCACUUCAGCUUGAACCUGGGCAUCUUAUACUCUUUUAAAGGACUCACCCUGCAGAAGUCAUGUAGACACUUUGGGUGGAAUCCAACCUAGCACUAAACCCCUCAUUCCAUCCCCACAGGGAUUUCUGGUUGCGCAAUGGGACGUUCUCCGCAUCUCCUUCCCCGUGAACCCCCUAAAUUUGUUCUAGGGGUUACCCCAACCCCCUGGAACAGAUUUGGGGAGGGUAUGGGCUGCGUGUGGAGGGAGGAGAAAGGUCUGUUGCACAAAUGGAAACCCUAGCACUGGCGCAACAUGGGCAAUGAAUACCACCAUUAAGUGCUUUGGAUAGUUAAAGCAGACACAUUAUUGUUUUUAUAGUUUGUGAUGCCUUUUUAAAACAUAUUGCUACCAGCCACAACCCUUUGUAGCAGAUGGACUGCUUAUUGAAAUGAAUAAACAGGAGUGUCAAAUCCCUCAAAUUUAAACCCUACUAUAUGGAAACCCAGCAGUACUUAAUUAUAAUGAUUUUACCUGUAGCAGUUCCUGGCCUUUGUCAAGUUCUUGUUUGUCUGUUCUGCUGCGUAGAAAUUAGACAUCUGGGAUUUCAUACAUAGUUCCUUUAUGUCUGCUAAGGUUGCCAAGCAAAAAAGGCAAGUGCAGUUAGGAAUAGGAUGCUGGCUUUUUUUCACCUAGUUUUCACCUAGAAUCUGGACUGGAACUUCCAAAUUCACUUUACAGACACCACAAAGUUAUAAUUUUGUGUCUAAUGGGUAUUAUGGGUCAGUGAUAUUCCCACAGUAGGUUUACCGUUAAGUCCAAUGUAGGUUUACUCCUAUGCAGAAAUAAGUCCCACUGCAAUCGUGUACAUAUUUACCUGGGAGUAAAUCUCAUUGAACUCAGCAUAACUUACCUCUGGAUAAACAUGCAUGAGAUUCAGCAGUAUUUUUCCUUUGGGCAGUACAAUGAAGAAAAGCCUACAUUCCAUUCAGAAUAAUAGAGACUGGCUUAUAUUACUGCAGAAACCUCUGCCCUUUUUCAGGUUGAGGGGUGCACAGACUCAUGGUCAAUCCUCUGGGUGCCACAUAUCAAAGUAGGCAUGGUAAAAAAAAACAACUUUUGGCAUCACAAUGUCAGGGUACCUAUGGAGGAGUUACUAGUUUUUUAAGAUUAUUUUUUUUCAACUGGUUAAAAAAAGGUUAGAAAUUUUAAAAACAUUUUUAAAAUGUUGGGGGACACAGCAUAUUUUGGUAUUGUGGCAUUGCAGUGGGAAACCUAUAACAGCAGUCAAACACACACACACAUAUGACAAAUUUUUGGGGGUCUUGGGAGGGCACAAAAAAUACCCUUGGGAGGGUAUUGUGGUACCAUAUGUGGUUUGCAGCCCCUCAUAUGUUGGACAUCAAUGCUCAUAUGUAACAUUUCUAAUUCUGUGAACUGAAAAUCCAAAUAAAUGCUAAUUUUAAAAAUGUACAGUGGUACCUCAGGUUAAGUACUUAAUUUGUUCCGGAGGUUCGUUCUUAACCUGAAACUAUUCUUAACCUGAAGCACCACUUUAGCUAAUGGGCCUCCUGCUGCUGCCUCACCGCCAGAGCACAUCCUGAAGCAAAUUUCUUAACCCGAGGUACUAUUUCUGGGUUGGCGGAGUCUGUAACCUGAAGCGUAUAUAACCUGAAGCGUAUGUAACCUGAGGUACCACUGUAGUAGCUUAAAUCAAAUCUGGAACAGUAGCAUCAAUUACUUAAAUAUAGAAUUUUAUGUUGGUAUUAAUAUACUUAUAUAAUAAAUGUACUAGCAUAGUAUGAAUGGAAGUGAAAAUUAGACUCAUGGGGUAUUUGGGGGGGUCAGAGUCUACAGUUGUCAAACAGAGUGAAGCAGUUCCUGCCCACGAAUUUAGGUCCCAAAUUUGAGUCCAGCAAUUCAUGAUAGAUAGAUGAUAGAUAGAUAGAUAGAUAGAUAGAUAGAUGAUAGAUAGAUGAUAGAUAGAUAGAUAGAUAGAUAGAUGAUAGAUAGAUAGAUAGAUAGAUAGAUAGAUAGAUAGAUAGAUGAUAGAUAGAUAGAUGAUAGAUAGAUGAUAGAGAGAUAUAGAUAUACACACUUAAGUUUUAUAUGCUAAUGUGGCCUGUGAUGUAAAUCCAUAUGAUGGUGAAUAAAAUGAAACAAUAUUUAUCUAUUUGCAGGAAUAAUGUUGGGGAGGAUGGGCAACAGUGGUGUUCCCUUGGUUAGCUUUUGCCAGUGCUUAAAUGAAUCUGUCAUGAAGAUAGUGGCUGUUUCCGUAUGGUAAGUAAAUGCAGCGUUAGGGAAAAAUAAAACUUGCAAGUGAAAGUUUGGCCCCCAUCUGCAAUAUAUAACUUUCAGUGGUUGGGGUCAGGCACAGGUCAGCAAUAAAACACCCGCUGUCAGUGAAGUUAACUCUUUAUUCAAAGAAAUGAAAACAGCUCAGGCCUAGUGAUCACAGCAACUCUUCUCAGUAGGUAUUUCCCCAUUGAAGCAGUUGCAAGGACUGAAGGGCCUCACCUUCCUGCCGCUCUCUAAGGCUCCUCCAGGGUCCUUCCCCAGCAACCUAAGGCUCCUUUCUUCUUGUGUUGCUUUCCACCGCCCUCUUCAUUCCUCUGCUGGUUCUGGGAGACCAGGGGGGAGGAGAGCUGGUCACAACAGGAUGGAGAAACUCCCUGGCUUCUUCAGCAGCCUGUCUCCACUCUGGACUGCUGUCUGCCGCAGCCUCUUCCUGUGCACUAAACCCUGUUGCCUCUUCAGCUUCCAACACAUCCUCCUCCCUCUUCUCCCUCUGACUACUCAUUGUCUUCCCACCACCAAUCCCUUGGCUCUGAGCCUUCUUCUGUUGGAGUUCCCUUGGGGUUCCCUACCUGAUUCCUCCCACCAUUCAUCUGCAUCCAGCCAGUCCAUGACAAUAGCUAAAACAGUAUCAUACCACUUUAAACAGCCAUGACUUCCCUCAAAGAAUCUUGGAAACGGUGGUUUGUUAAUGGUACUGAGAAUUGUUAAGAGAGCACCUAUUAACAGGAACUCAAGCGCUAUGUUAGUUUCGUGUGCCACAACCACUGUUCUAUGGGCCAAACUACAUGUGAUAUGGGAGACUCAUGGUUCUGAUUUUAUUUUUUUUAACCACAGUGUGUUAUUUGGGAACCACAAAUUUAAUUAUAGCAGCAGCUGUUGGGUGUGCAUCAAUGUGCUAUUAAUUAGGUAAUUUUAGACUUUGGGUGUAACAAUCUACUCCAGUGGGUGGGGCAAGUAGCUUUUUAGAUGGUACUGUGUCUUACUUCAUUUACCUCAAAAUAUGGUAAGCCAGUUCUGCUGCAUGCUUAACCUUUUAACUGGGGGCAGUUUUUGUAGCAAAGUUCACCAUUACAGUUGCUUUCUCACCCACAGGGAAAAUCACCCACAGAGGCUAUUAACACACACACGCUAGCAUCACUGGAGGAAAAUUAGUGGCUUAGGGACUCAACUUGGACUGCAAAAAUGGCCUGUAGUGGAAGAAGGGUUCAGCAUAUACACCACAUGAUGAUGCAAAAUAAAAUUUGCUAUGCUCCCAAGGGUGCAUUUCGGAUUAAAAAAACUAAUCAGGAGACUAACUAAUCACAACUCUCCUGUUUCACAUGCAGUUUGACUCUAAAAACUUCUAGAACUGGCUAGAGGGGAUAUCGUAAUAGAUGGCCUGUGUCACAGAACUAGUUCUGUAUACAUACACAUAAGUUAAGUUCCUUCAGUUUUUGGGUGGAAGUGUUCUUUCACAUUGAAUAUCACUGUCUCCUUCCCCAGGUAUUUUCCAUUUGGAAUAGUGUUCCUUAUUGCUGGUAAGAUCUUGGAAAUGGAUGAUCCAUCAGCCAUCGGGAAGAAGCUAGGCUUUUACGCUAUUACUGUGGUUUGUGGCCUGGUGGUACAUGGACUUUUUAUUCUGCCAAUGACAUACUUCUUCAUCACCAAGAAGAACCCCAUUGUUUUCAUCAGAGGGAUUCUUCAAGCCUUGCUUAUUGCUCUGGCCACAUCAUCCAGGUACCAUAUAAUGAAUGAAACACUGGCGCAAUUUUACCUUGCACUCCUUAUUUACCUUGCACUCAUGCUGCAGGGUCCCCAAAUCCAAGUCUCCCAAUCCCUGGAUUCUAAACUGAGACAGUGACAUGUCCAAUCCAUCUGACUACAGCACUGGCAUUUUCUCCACCGGCCCCACCAUCUCCUCCCUGCCUUGCUCAGAGAAUUUUCCUGGAUCUGUCAGCGGCUUCAAUACUCAUAGCAAUCCUUCUGGAUUACUUGGAUAGGGGACACUAAUCUGCAGGGGGCUUCCUCUUGCCACUUUGGUAUGUAGCCAGGUUUGAUCUGGAAAUCUUCUGCCCAUCCCAUAGAAAUUAUCCUUUGUGGUGUCGCUAGACAAACAGAAGCUCAAGAAGGGUCCUGGCAAGAAGCCCAAUGUUGUACUUUGUGGCCAGUCCCUGCAAUACUUCUCCACAUUCCCAUAACACAAGAGCUGCUCUGCAGAUUAACUUCAUAAUCCAAACUAUAAAUAGAGAGAUCAGGGUCAAACCAGGUGUCUCAUACCAGCAGUCUUCUGCAGUUUGAGAAAUAGUGCAGCAAUGCAAAUGGCCAGCAUAUGUAGUCUUCUUAUAAGAACAUCCCAAUGCCCAGUUGGAGAUAAAAGUCCUAUUUGCAUGGGGGGGGGGCGGGAGGUUGUUAUGUGGUGCUGAUGAUGCCCUGGUAGAGUUCCAAAGACAGCCAUGAGAAGGGCAGAGGUAGUUGUGAUAAUGGAAGCAUUUGCUUUGAUUAUAUUGAGAUGGAUGACUGCUGGACCUGAGUACAUUUUGUGCAAAAUAAUACGCACCCAUUCUUCUUAUUUUUAAAAAAUCAGACCUAUGUUUUUUGUUUAUUAGAGCGAUAUCUUUAUUAGGGCAAGCAAAACAUCAAAAAAUAGUGCUCAAGAUUUUGAGUUCCUCAGAAUUCUUUGUCAGCUUGAAGAUAAAAAGACUACAAAAGGGGUGCGGAAAGACCAGUAAUGGCUGAUCAUUCCAUCUGUGCCUGCAGCUGCUAAGUCUCAAGAUGGAGUGUGGGAGACAUUUGAGUUAGGUCAUAUCAGGCACUUUGCAGGUUUGGGGUUGCACCCAGGCCUCCUGGAAAAGAGAAAACACAUAAUGGCUGAUCCCCUAUUUCUGCAAGUGUGACAACAAGCUGCUACUCAAUUCCGUCUCCGUGUUUUUCGGUAACAUGAGAGAAGAACUAAGGCUCAUGUUUAAGCACCUCACAGAAGCUGAUUAUCUAUAUCCAUUUCAGUCUGGCUUCUCAUUUGGCAUUAGGUCAUCACAGCUCAUAUGAUGGCAAAAGAAAUCUUGAAAGACUUGUUCUCCCUGGUGCAUUCCAGAGUGACUACCUGCAGCAAGGCUUCUUCAGCUAGUUAUCUGAACUGCACAAAAAAUGCAAAAUGACUGGAAUGAAAGGCAAUGAGAGGUAAUGACAGUAGAUAGGAAGCGCAGCUGAAUUUUGGGAAUGGGGAGAGAGAACACCAACUUUUAUUGCCAUCUGUUGUUGGCCAGCUCAUCCUCCUGGGUAUGGCUACAGUCAGUACUGACCCUGCCAGUAGGACUAUAGUUUUUUACGGAUGCAUCUUGGCAGUGCCACCUGCAGGUUUGAGAUAGCCCCCCUACUUCAGACCUUAUAGUUUUGCUGACUUCACACUCUCUUUUUCUCCACAGCUCAGCCACUCUGCCUAUAACCUUCAAGUGCUUGUUAGAGAAUAACCAUGUGGACAGGAGGAUUGCCCGAUUUGUGCUCCCAGUGGGGGCAACAAUCAAUAUGGAUGGGACCGCCCUUUAUGAAGCAGUAGCAGCUAUUUUUAUUGCUCAAGUAAACAAUUACGAGCUGGACUUUGGGCAGAUCAUCACCAUAAGGUAAAAAACCAGUUUACAAAGGGGGUCCCAUAUUUAGCAAGCUUGACUUGCGGAUCUUUCCUGCAAAUCUGCAUACUGUGCACACUGCUGAUACAUGAUCCAUGCAUCCUCAUUCAUAAUCACAUAUGGGGAAAAGUAGAGUAUAUUUCUGUGAAUUGGUUAGGAAGGCACAGUGCUUUAUGGGAAGUGAAAGUUUGGAUUGGAUGCCCCAUGGUAAGCCUCUCUGUUAGCACUGUGAUGCUUUUAUGGGGUCAAAUUCUUGAGCUGCACAUUUACCUGGGAGUAAUCGUCACUGAACACAAUGAGACUUACUUCUGAGUUAACAUACAAGGGAUAGCACUUCAGACCAGAAAGAAAUGUAGUAAGAAAAUAUACAACCUUUGAUCACCACCAUAGGUAUUCUCUGAAACUGCAUGUACCUUCAGAGACUUGGAGAUAGCUUCAUUCAUUUGCCCCGUUCUGUUACCCUGCCUGCCAGAAGACUCUGUGUGCUUUGAGCUCUGAUCCUUGUAAACUAGGCCCAGCUUACAUUUGUCUUCUAAGCAGAUUCCCAGUUGUGAAUUUCUAAAUUGAAAAAAGCUCAAGGAUCAAAUGAGCCUGUGAGCUAAAACAUCUGAUCUGGAAGCUCUUUCUCAUAAUUCCAGAAGUGUGUGGCUGCUUGUGGUCACACAGUGGUUAGAGAAAGACGCUCUUCAUGCUCCAAGACAUACUAUGAUUUUCUUAUUACUUUGCAUGUGCCAGGGCUGAAUCCUGGGAUGCUAAAGGGCGGACCUGGUGAAGCCUAGCUUCAUAGUUAAGUGCUGUAAAUUUCACAAGUUUUAAUGGCUAAGAGUCCAAACUGUGGAGUGUGUAAUUUAAACACAGGAUGUCUGGUGUUUGGGAUGGAGGUAAAACAGACAGGUUUCCAGUAAAGUAGUGGUAAAUGAAUUAUCAGACCAAAAACAAAACAACUCACUACUGAAUAUUUAAAUCCAUGACUGUGUCAUUUCUAGAUCCUUCAUAAUUUUGUUCAGACUGAACCAAAGUAAUCAGCUUCAUGUUAGACUGUGUUUUUAUGUAGCUGUGAUUUGCCAUUUUGGUUCUUGUGCUCACUGGGAUUAUUGUUAAGAGCAGGGGGAUUCCUGCCAUUAAUUUUAUUGCAAUUAAUUGCUUUGUUCUAUGCUAAAUGUCAUACUGCCCAGUGUGCAACCCAGCCAGACAAAUGUGGGUCAUGUCUGGCAGCAGCCAAGUAUUAGUAUGGCACAAUACAUGGUUGCUUGGCUGGUUGGUUGGUUGGUUGGUUGGUUGCAUUUGAGCUUGAUGGGUCACAAGUUGCACUAAUGUGUAAUAAGGUGUGUAAGGUGUAUUGAAAACAAGGAACUGGAUUCAUACUCUGCAGAAACCUUCUGCUGAUGUUGUCCCACUGACUUUAACAGUGUUGCUUGAGAGAAUUAUUGGCGGCUGUACAGAAGGAGUCAGUCUUUCAAAUAUUUGGGGCCUAAGUAAUUUAGAGCUUUAAACACUAAUGUGAACACCUUGAAUUAGGCCUGGAAAUGAACUGGCAGCGACAUGGCUGGCACAUUAAUUGUAUUCACACAAUAUCAAGUCCAGUUUGGCAGCUUCGUGUGGCGGGACAGUGGCACAAAAUUUCCCCAUCAACUAUUUCUUGUGAAGGAGGGCCCCAAUCCAGCUCUACUAGUGUGAAGCCUGUUGCAUGAAAUAGCUCUGGUGGGCCCCAGAUAGUGAUGUGCAUCACCAUUCACAUAAAAAAAAACCCCAUCCAGCCUAUUCAAUGGACUUCUGUUCCAGCUCAGUUCAGAUUGAAGCAUAUGAGAGUCAUUUAUAGGUGUGGAUCAAAUAUAAGCAUGGAGGAAAACUCUCUGUUGGUUCCAAAUAUGUGUUCUUUCAUGUUAGAUCAUUAAUAUCCUUCUCUCUCUCUCUCUCUCUCUCUCUCUCUCUCUCUCUCUCUGUUUCUUUUUCAUAAAAGUAUCACAGCAACUGCUGCCAGCAUUGGUGCAGCUGGAAUCCCGCAAGCUGGCCUUGUGACUAUGGUUAUCGUUCUUACAUCAGUGGGGCUUCCUACAGAUGAUAUCACUCUAAUCAUUGCAGUCGACUGGGCCUUGUAAGUAACUGAGUGGUGUGGUUUUUUUAGACUUUUCUCUCAUCUUCAAACCAAACUGAAUGUGUGACUAUUGAACAGCUGCAUUCAUAGCAACCUACAGCACACUGUGAGCUGAAAGGUGCAAUAGACGGUGGUCAUGUCAUGAAAGUCACAGAAUUGCUUGACUGAAUCAAACCAAAGAUCUGUAGUACAGGACACUAUUGCCAGCAGUGGCCAACUAGAUGCCCAUAGGAUGCCCAUAAGCAAGACAUGGCAAUCAUCCUUUGAUGAGACAUACUGAUUGUGAAUUUGAAAAUUAGGUCCAAUAGAUCAUAGAUUUUAUGAUGGGGAGAGGGAAGGAGUUGGAUCUGGAUGGUGGGCUGAUCCAAAACUCUGCCACCUUCUGUAGGUCACUUUGACGGGUGGGUGGGGCUGCUUACCUGUCAAUCACAUGACAUCAGAUGAUUAAACUGAACCUGUGGCCUGCAAAGGAAGAAUAGUACACUCUUGAUUCUUCAUUUCUUUGUUUGUGACCUUGUCUUGAAUUAAAAGAAGAAUUCAUAUCACAACUAUUCUUACUUGAAGCGUCUGCUUGAAUUCAAGCUACAGCUGCAAAGGGAGACAUGGGAAUGCACUCUGAGUAUGUCCCCUGUUGUUGUUGUUGUUGUUAAUAAUAAUAAUAAUAAAUUUCUAUAACACCCUUCAUCCAAAGAUCACAGGGCAGUUUACAACAUAAAGCCGUUCUUCAUUUUCAGCUGUAAUUAUGCAAUUGUAGAAAUUGCUGUCUUUUUCUGUUGCCUCACGGUGACAGGAAAAAGAGCCAAAUUUAAAAAGUGAAAUGCCUCUGGCAUAGAACCGUGGCUUUAUGGGAAACUAAAAUGGCAGCUAGCAAUGCUGCUGUUCACUGCCACUAGGGCUCAUGGAUGUGGGAGGGGAGCACUUUGCUGAGGGCUGCCUUUACAUCUUUUUUGGCUUACAGCUUUGACAGUGGGACAGGCUGUGACUGUGGGCAGAUCUAAACAUUGCAGUGGCAGAUCCAUGUUUUCACCCACAUACACAUCUCUACUUAACAACAUAUGAAAACCUUUCUGGUUCAACCUAACCUCCAUUAAGAUGAAAGAAAGAAAGAAAGAAAGAAAGAAAGAAAGAAAGAAAGAAAGAAAGAAAAGAAAACCUGGACAAUGCUGAUCUUGGACCACCCUUUGCUUUUUUAAGCCAAACAUCUGGAUGUUCCUGGAUUUCAGCUUUAUGACCCACAUCAAUAUAUUAACCAAUGUGAUUGAGUUUUCAGAUGUGCUUGUUUGCAUUGGAAAAAUAAGGAAAUCACAUGAUGUGUUUCAGAUUGAAUGCAGCUCUGCCAAGAUGAAUUUGACUCGGCUUCAAAUAAUGUACUAAGAGUAGUUCCAGCUAAUACACCUGCCCUUUCACCUCAAUUUUGCAUGUUCAAAGCAGCUUAAAAGCUGCAUUUUACAAAUGUUUCCCUUUCAGUUUUUGCUCUGUGAAAAUGAAAUGGGUUUUACCUUAUGACUACAAAACAACCUACGUGCAAAGAAAAUAAAGUGGGAAAUAUAUCAUUUUAAAACAAAAAUGUUACCAAGAGCUAAUACAUGCAGUAAUAGUAAAUGCUAGUAAUGGAGAGUCAUGUAAACUGCAGUGCUGAUCAUACUAUAUCUUCUCCCACUUCAUUCCUUUAGCAACUCGAGGAACUGAACUGAUCACUUGCAAAGAGCUUUCUUUCCAUUGCUCAGUCUACAUCUGAUGCCCUUCUACUUUCCCCUUCUCACCAGUGGAAGCUGGUCCUUUAGGUCAAAUGGAGCACUGCUCCGCCAACCUCGGUUUGCCAUCAGCCAGCUGCCCAACCGCUGCUUCCUUCUUACCAUCAAUCCAACAGGUGGCUCUGGCUGUCAGCUUCCUCCUCCUUAGUCUCAGCUUUGCUUGUGUAGGACUCAGCAAGGAGACAAACCAAGAACUAGUAGUCUCUGCCUGUCAUUGGUUAUAACUGAUACAGUUGGCAUCCUUGCUUUUCGCCCCACCAGUCCUAAAGGCCACUAGCCACCACUGCCUCCCACCUUCCUUCUCCUCUCUGAGCUCUCCCCACCACCACAAACAUUAAAUUAGAGGCAACAUUUCCUCAUCCCUGUCUUAGCUCAACCAACACACUCCUGGCCCCUGAAAAUGUCCAAGUGCAUUUUUGUGGAAUCAGAAUGUGUUCUACUCUCCAUCUGGACGUGCUUAAUGGCUCCUCCUGCUUAUGUCUUCUAAAAAAACACACAAACACACCAUACAAAGUACACUUUCCUUCCUUGUUCUCCUGUUUUUGUCUUUAAAACACAUUCCAGUUUUAUUUUUAUAUCCUUGGCUCAAUAUUGCUUCCUUCAUUAUUCACAAAAGGUCCUUAAUAUUUCAGGACUGAUAGAGGUUUCUUUACAAACUCUUUAAAGCUGCUGCACGGAAUUCCACACUUUACAGAAUUAAUUCCAGAUCAACCCACUCAAGAGAUUUCUGGUGCCAUUGAAAUAGAAUCCAGAGACCAGAAGUGCAAUGUCAGCUGGGGGAAGGAGGUUGAUUUAGGGAAAUCCGGAGUGAAUUUAGACACUCAUCUACCACCCAAAUGCUAUUUUGCUCCAUGUUUCUUGCUUUUGCAUUCUACCAUGCAUGCCAAUAUUUAGAAUGACAAAGAGGAGAGCAAACAAAAUAUAUGAGUUUUUGCCCCACUGAAUUGACUUUUUUGAUCCUUGAAAAAAAAAAUACAUGGGGGAAUUAAAUACAAAAUGCAGGUGCAGAAGAACAGACAGUCAUGGCAUAGAAUCACAGGUUUGGAAGGCACAAAAAUGGUUUUUUGGGGUGAUAUCCUUUUACUUUUUUUGGCAUUCAUGGGAUGCUUCCAGACUGCCCCUAUUUUUGAAUGGUUUUAACACACAUACCAGAAAAUUCUGGUUGAUUGGAAGGUCUUGUGCAAGAAACCCACAUCCCCCAAAUAUUAGGCUUUUUGCAAUAAGGAAAGUGAUGAGGGUAUGCACUGGAAUGUGUAGGAUAACACUUGCUUUGACCCACUGUUGUCUCACCUCCCUGCAAGCAAAUUGGAAUGAAUCUAUCAUAAGAUCAGUUCAAGGUGCUUCCAUAUUUGGCCCAUUUGGUCUAAUAUGGUGAUAUAUGAAUUUACACUCAGUAGGUGCCUUUAUUUCCUAUUCAUAUCUGGUUGUUUUAGCAUGAUAUCAGAUUAUAUUCAUGGACUUUUAUUUUGCAUGGGAGUAUAACAGAGAGAAGUCUAAAUCUGUGAGCAUUUGCAUAACAAAAGGAAAUGGCGUCCUUAAUGCCCCCACUGUGUUUUGACAGAGACAGAUUCCGGACAAUGAUCAACGUGCUGGGAGAUGCUCUGGCUGCUGGAAUCAUGGCUCACAUCUGCAGAAAAGAAUUCACCAAGGAUGGGUCUGAGGUGGGAGAAAUUUUAACCAUGGAGUUAUAGUGUUGCACUUCAGACCAAAACAAUAAUAAAAAUGGAAGGCACAAAAAUGUUUUUGGGGGUGAUAUCCUUUUACUUUUUGGGGCAUUCAUGGGAUGCUUCCAGACUGCCCCUAUUUUUGUGUAACAGCCUUUCUUGCACUAUAGCACUUCAGACUGCAGAUGAGGAUGGCGCAAAUACAGGAAGCUGUGUUACACCAUAAGCCUGCAAUUUACGUGCAUUUAACUUAUGCGCAGUCAGCUUUACACACAUGGCGAAACAUAAAUAAAAGGGGCCAAGGGGGGGCAGGGUUCCAGGGGGAAAGACUUUGGCAGUCCCACGUGCCAUUGACCCCAAUGUGCUUUGACCAUAUGUGAUUUUGGCUUUAGGUGCAAUCCCUGGAACAUAACCCCCCGUAAGCUGCAGGUUUACUGUCUUGAGUCAGACAUUUGGUGCAUCUAGCUUAGCACUGUCUACAAUGACUAGCCAUGGCUCUCCAGGGUUUCAGAUGGGAAUCACUCAACGUGGAAUUGAACCUGGGAUAUUCUGCAUGCAAAGCAGAUGCUUAACCACUGAAAUAUGACCCUCCCCCAUGUGUUGAAAUGAUUCCCCUUACUUCAAAAUGCUAUGCUUUUGGAUAACUAUAUGUCAGGAAGAAGAGUUCUAGACUAGCCUGCUUUAUAGUGUGCCUUUCAAUGUGCAGGAAGUUAUUGUUGUUUUAGUGUAGGGAACACCCGCACAUGCACCACCCCCCUAAUCUGAACUGGUACAAUUCCAGAAGGGUCCUAGAUUUCUGAAUUUGUAGCUCCAAUCUGGAUUGUAGGGAUUGUAAGUCCUGCCAUUUUGAAACACGGCAAUGCCCUAUUGGCUUUUGACAGCUGUGUCCCUUGUGACCAUAAAUAUAUACCAUAAUUCACAGCACACAAAAGUGAGUGUGGUUUAAUUCCUCUCCAGCUUUUGAAGGUCCCAAGUUUCCAUACAUGUUAACGAUACCACAUGCAAUAGUUUACCAUCUCUAAAAUAGUAAUGGGAAUCUCCCUGUUCCAUUCAUAGGUGCCUUUGAUCUGUGAAACAAAACCCAUCAGUAUCCACCAGAUCAUGGCUUACCAGAGAAAUGGCUGUGUGAAGAACAUGAAUGAGCCUCAUGGACCUGAACCAUCAAAGACAUUCCAGCAUCAAAUACCUGUUCAAGUGGAGCAAGAAGAAAACCCGACAGAAACUCAUACAGAGAAAUCUAGCAGUAAGGACCACUGCACUAUUGAAAUCAAUGAACUGGAGACAAAUGUGUAACUGUUAUUCUGGAGGUAUUUGAAACCUAAUGACUACCUCGCAGCUGGAAUUGGGAGACAGCCUUUUGCCUUGAAUGGGAAAACAUGGAAUGACUGCCAUGUGCGAACUACGGCUGUGAGGCCAGCUGUGAACAUCUGUGAAGAAGAAGAAAGAAGGCUUCAACAAGCAUGGGGGUUUUCAGUAGCUUGGUUGGUUUUGGUACAAAGGAACUGAUCAGUGGACAACUUUGGUUUACUCUAGGCAACCUUAUGUGACUCUGCUUAUGAUGCUCUUUAAAAGAACUCUGACCCCUUCAAAAUGAUUCUUAAGAGCUAACCAUCUCACCAUCCUCCUAAUCAUGAAGAUAACGUCAAUAUUCACAAUUCCUUUAUUUCACUGAACAGCUUCAAAAUUAACAUUAGCCUCAAACAGUAAAACUUUUGCAUUCAAUUAACAGGGCAACAAAUCAAAAAGACAUUUAUCUUAGCGAAAGGCCAAAGUAAUAAUAUUUCCCAUUUGAAAUGGGACGUCAUUAUUAUAAACCUUACAAAAUUAAGUAUGUUUGCACAUGGCAACAUCAGCUCAUGGAGUCUUCCCUCUUCUCCAGAGAUCAUGAUCUCUGCAAGGAGAUCAUAAGCAUGUGCUUUCAUUUUCAGCCAACUGCUGAUUGUCAUUAUAUGCAAUCCCUGACAAACUGUGGUUAGGGUUUGCUAUGGUUUACUGAAAGAACUCAACUUUAAACCAUGGUUAUUGAUCCUGGCUUAUUUCAAUGAACGAUAGGAAUGCUAACCACAGUUCCUGGUUGGGACAUAAAAACAAACCACGGUUAAUUUAAAAUGGAGGGGGAUGCUUCCCAUCUCCUCCUUGUAGCAUGCCAGAGGAGGAAAGAGAAGACUCAUAUGACUCAUGUGUGUCAUAUGAAACAGUGGUUCAGUGGUUCAUGUGAAUCACGCCAGUAAGUUAUUAUGUAGCAAACCACUCUGAAUUGCAAUUCAACUCUCCAUGCUAUCCAUUAUUCUGUUGAAAUAUUAGUCUCUCUGUACUCAGGUUGAUUCACUAUUCUGUGAGAGGAAUUCAAGCACUCUAGAUUUGUGCAGUUAAAGUGGUUUAAAGGACCACUUCACAUCAAAUCCAUUUUUUUUUAAAGAAUCAGGCCCUUUGCAGUUUGGAAACUGACAGAAAUGUAUUGAAAAGUGAGGGACAAACAAAUGACUAACGGGAAGAUGUAUAAAUAUCAUGAUCAGGAUGAAUGCAGGACUGAUACUCAUUGUUGUAUAACUGCCCUGCAAAUAAAACAGAAUGAAUACUCAAUAAAAGCCAGUUAUAAUCUAACCUCUGCAUAAGCUUUGUGCAAGCAAACUCAAUAAACUGGUUUUCUAGAGGAGCCCUAUGGCAAUUUCAUUGCAUUUCAGUAGCUACAUUCUCCUGUAUCACCAUUGGCUGUGAUGGUAAUGACUGAGUACAAAAAUGGGAUCUGUGCAAAUCAGGGAUUCUCAAAAUCCUUUUCUCUUUUACUUCUUUUGCAAUACAGAGUGUUUGUUACUUGGCUAAUCGCUUUUUUAAGUUUUUCAUGUGUAUGUUGCCAUGUAUAUUACCUUUUUGGAACUAAUGAGAAGGUUGUUUGUUUCUUUCUUUAACGAACCUGUUAUUUGGAAGAGGGUCUCAAAGGUAGGCAUUAAGCUAGUCUACAAAUAUCCCAUCAUUUUUGCCUUCCAAGUGCCAGAUGCAUGUGCUUCUCUUCUUCUUUUUCCUUCGUUUUAAAAAAUCUUGUUCCAUUCUAUAACAGUAUUCACAGCAUCUAGACUGCAGGAGUCCAAACAUACACACAAAACCUGGUGCUACAGAAGAGUACGUAACGUUCUCUUCUUUGUAUAGACUGUAUAUAUACCAUGACGUUUAUGGCCCAGAUCAUUUGACUAAUAUAGAGCUUGUGGUCAGAGAGCAGACUAAACAUAGGCUGGGAUCCAGUGUACAUGACUGGCACAUUUUCAUUGUAACGCUGUCCUCACUUCCAUAGUAAAUGUUCUUGUGAACUCCCACCCUUAAACUUGUUUUUCUGAAUUAAUAACCAUGCUACACACACACACACACACACACACACACACACACACACAGGGCUAGACCUUCAGCUCCAUUCCAAGUAGCCAGCCACACAUUCCUGUGCUUCUAAUAAUGGGAAUGGAAGUCGAAGCAGCUUGAAGGAUGGGGGAAGACUGUGGCUGUUGAAUAGGCUAUGCCAAUUUCUCAGUCUAAUUGGCAGAAGGUUAUUAGAGGCGGCCAAGACUCCCAUAGUCUUGUUGCACAGAAGAUGGAAUUGAUUCUACUCUGAGAGCUAGUGUGAUGUAGGGAUUGUAUUCAAGUGACUUUUUCUCAGAGUAGGCCCAUUGAGAUUAAUGACCAUAUUGAACUUAAUUUCAAUGGGUUUCUUCCGAGUAAAAGUUAGGUGUCUACAACCCUAGGAUUGUGACUGAGGAGAGUCGGGUUCAAAUGCUUUCUAGCUAAGGUUGGGCCAUUUGGUGUCACUCAGCCUAAAAAAAUUCUUAAGAUUAGAAAGGUGGGGAGGAAGCAAGUGUGCCACCUAGAGCUCCUUAGAAAGACAGAAUAAAAAUGUAUUAGAAACCUAGCAGGUGACGUAGCUUUAUUCUUGCCCCCUGCAUGAUGACAAGGUACAUCUGCCAAAAUUCUCCUCUGCGGAACCGUUAAAAGUGUGGGAACCCUUUUCUCUUCUGCCUCUGGACAGCAGAUGUGGGAUCAGCAGGUUCAUCUGGUAGGCCAUGACUUAGGGUCGGAUUCUGAAGAAGAGGUGACUGAGUGAUUGGAAAGCUGCCUGCUUCUGAGACUGGAAGCUAUUCUCCUUUUCAGUGCCUGCGUUGGAGAAGAGAGGUCCUUCACAGAAGAUUAUUUCCCUAAACCCUUCUGUUCACUUUGAGCUGACUUCACAGUUGUUCCCUCUGCAUCUGCUUUCGCUCUCUUUUCUUUCACUUCUCCUUCCUUUCUUUUAAAAAAACUUUCUCACGGAUCACUCACUACGCUGGCGUUUUGCUGGUCUCCCACCCCUGCCUUAUUCCUUCAUUGGAGGGAGGGAGGAACUUUUAUGUCACAUCGUUUGAUGAGAAAUAGAGACGGGGCCUUUGGGGGAAGGAGGAAACGAUGACACGAUCUUUGCCACAUCAGAGCCACCCCUAACAUUUUUAUAUUGGUGGGAAUUUGCUGUGGACCCUGGCUUCUUAUUUUUAUAUAUAGGUUGAGAUACUUUAAGAAUGUUUUCUUUAUUUCUCGAAUCCUUAAAUUAUAAAACAACUCUCCCUGUACAACCAGUAUGACCAAUUGUAC